AUGGAGGUCGUCAACGACAUUCCAACCGCCCCGACAUCCAAGCCAGGCUCCGGUUGGUCUACACCAGUUUCGCAGGACUCUUCCAUCUCUUCCGAUCAAGUCGCAAGGGAUGAUGUGGCUAUCAUUGGCAUGGCUUGUCGUACAGCAGGCGGUAAUGAUACGCCUGAGAAACUCUGGGACUUUCUUAUGGAUAAGAAGGAUGCUUCCGGAGACAACCCCAGCUGGCGAUGGGAACCUUGGGUCAAAAGAGAUCCCCGAAACGCAAAAGUCAUUGAGAAGACCAUCUCCAAGGGCUACUUCAUUCCCGAUCUGGAGAAUUUUGAUGCUUCAUUCUUCAGCAUUUCUCCCAAAGAGGCUGAGCAAAUGGACCCGCACCAGCGACUUGGCCUGGAGGUGACAUGGGAAGCCCUCGAAGACGCCGGCCUUGAUCCGAAAUCCCUCUCCGGAUCCGAUACUGCCGUGUACAUGGGUGUUGAUUCCGACGAUUACUCGAGACUCCUUCUCGAAGAUAUACCAAACAUAGAGGCAUGGAUGGGCAUAGGAACAACUGCCCAUGGCAUUCCCAAUCGGAUAUCUUACCAUUUCGACCUCAUGGGACCUAGUGUUGCCGUCGACGCUGCCUGCGCAUCGUCACUGUGUGCAGUCCAUGCAGGGCGCCAGGCCGUCCUAAACGGCGAGUCCAAAGUGGCCAUAGUCGGCGGAGUCAAUGUUUGUCUAUCUCCAGCUUUGUUCCACAUGUUGGGUGCCGCGGGUGCUCUCUCCCCCGACGGCGUCUGCCUCUCCUUUGACGACGAUGCUCAUGGGUAUGCACGAGGAGAAGGGGCGGCCGUCUUGAUCCUGAAGCGCCUCUCCGACGCCAUUGUGGACGGCGACCGCGUUCUCGCCACUCUCAAGGGCACGGCCAUUGCGCAAGACGGCAAGACCAACGGCAUCAUGGCCCCGAAUGCCAAGGCCCAGGAGCUGGUCGCGCGCAAGGCGCUGAAGGUGGCCGACGUCGAGCCCCUGUCCGUGGGCUACGUAGAGGCGCACGCGACUUCAACGUCUCUAGGCGACCCGACAGAGAUAUCUGCCAUUUCUGCCGUCUAUGGCGCUGGACGGCCUCGAGAUGCGCCUGUCCACGUUGGGUCCAUCAAGCCCAACGUCGGCCACCUCGAAGCUGCGGCUGGAGCCAUCAGUCUUGUCAAGGCCGUCAUGGCUGUUCGCAGAGGGGAAAUUCCACCCCAAGCAAGGCUGAAGAAGCUCAAUUCUAGAGUUGAUUGGGACAAGUCCGGUCUGCAAAUUGUCAGAGAAAAGGUGGUUUGGGAUGAGUCAAAUGGCCCUCGUCGCGCUGCCGUCUGUUCCUACGGAUACGGCGGUACCGUAUCGCACGCCAUUAUCGAGCAAUCGCCACUUCCAGUCGCCGUCAGCCAGAAUAGAAGAUCAGACACUCCCACGCUACUAGUUCUAUCGUCACCGCAGGAGAAGAGAUUGACGAUCCAGAGCGCCGUUCAAGCCGAGUGGAUCUCUGACAAAGGUCGAGCUCAGGGCCUCGACACUAUUGCCUCCACCUUGGCGCUGCGUCGCGCUCACCAUGACCACCGCGCAGCAUUUGUCGUGUCCAAUCAUGACGAAGCCUCUGAAGCAUUACUUUCGUUCACCAAGGGCAUGACCCGCGAUUGGAGCGCACAAGGCCGCACUUUCGCCAGCGGCCCCAGUAAAGACGUGGUCUGGGUAUUUUCCGGACACGGCGCCCAAUGGGGAGACAUGGGAAAGGAACUCCUCCUGGAUCCCGUCUUUUACCAAACAGUGUCUCCACUGGAUGAUAUCGUUCUUCAGGAGCUUGGAUACUCUGCGAUUGAGACUCUGGAAGCGGGCAACUUUCAAGACUCGGACGUGAUUCAGGUUCUCACCUAUCUCGUGCAGGUUGGGCUCAGCGAGGUCCUCAAGUCCAGAGGGGUGCAACCUCGAGCAGUCAUCGGACACUCGGUCGGAGAGAUCGCAGCAUCAGUUGUCGUUGGAUGUCUGACUCCAAGUGAGGGUGCUCUUAUAGUGACGCGACGUGCACGCCUGUACGCCCAGGUCAAGGGUCUCGGCGGGAUGGCUCUGGUCAAUCUGCCCUUUGCCGAAGUGGCGGCUGAGCUAGGGGACCGUGAGGAUCUUGUAGCUGCUAUUGAUUCCUCCCCAAACUCAUGUGUCGUCAGUGGUGCCAUUGCUGCCCUCGCCGAGUACGAAGAAAAGUUGAAACAACGCAAUAUCAGGUCCUUCAAAGUCAAGACUGAUAUUGCCUUUCAUAGUCCCAUGCUGAAAACUCUGUCAGCAUCACUGGAAACUGCACUAUCCAAGGUCCUGAAGCCCCAACUACCCGUCAUCAAAUUGUACUCGACUUCAAGGAAGGAUCCAAGAUCUCAAGUUGCGAGAGAUGCUGACUACUGGAUUAAUAACAUGGUUCAUCCCGUCUGGCUCACCUCUGCAGUCAAUGCUGCAGUCGACGAUGGCCACCGUGUGUUUCUAGAGGUCUCGUCUCAUCCCAUUGUGUCGCAUUCGAUCAACGAGACGCUGAUGGAGAGAGAUCUCAAGGAGUUUGCCAUUAUCCCCACAAUGAAGAAGAGCCAGCCUACCGAGAAGAGCAUUCUCCAUGCCAUUGCCCAAUUGUACGUGGCGGGUGCUCAGGUGAACUUCUCGGCCUUUAUCGGGAGCCAGUGGUGCGCCGAGGUUCCAGGAUUUGUAUGGAGCCACAAGCCGUUCUGGAAGGACGUCUCGACAGGCUGGUCGGGUGAUGAGGGCAUACACGAUAUCGACAAGCAUACCUUGCUUGGCAGGCGUAUAGUCAUUGCGGGCUCUAGUACCACUUUAUACACCACCAGGGUCACCGAGGCGACUAAGCCCUUCCCAAGGGCUCACAAACUGCAUGGUACUGAUAUCGUUCCUGCUGCAGUCUACCUGAAUACCUUCUUUCACGCGACGAGCGCCGCUGUCAUUUACGACAUGACGUUGCGAACCCCACUUGCUAUUACCGAUGCCCCUCGAAAUAUUCAAGUCAUUGCAGACGGUGAAAAUGUCAAGAUUGCUUCUCGUCUUGGCUCCUCUGACGACAAAUCAUGGGUCACGCACAGCGCAGCCCGCUGGGGUGUCGAUCCCCUUGAGCAGACUGCCUCGCCGGCCAAUCUGGACGCCAUCAAGAAGCGCAUCGGCAAAGUCCUACCAAACAACUUCUCUAUCGACUACCUCACUAGGGUUGGCGUGGCUGGUAUAGCCUUUCCGUGGGCCGUUACUGAACAUUACGGCAACUCUCGAGAAAUGCUUGCGAGAGUGGAUGCAGACCCAGACAGCGCAACAGUGUCGUGGCACUCAAGCUCUUGGGCUCCCAUCUUUGAUGCGGCUUCGUCAGUUGGCGCCACCAUCUUUUCCGACGAUGCGAAAUUGCGAAUCGUCUCGAAGGUUGGAAAGGCCAUGCUGUACUCGUCCCGACCGGCUCCAAAGAUCUGCUACCUCUACGUAGUGGAGACUGAAGCUGCUGUUAAUGAUUCUCUGAGCAGGUCUGCAGAUGUCUCGAUUCUCAGUGUAGAGGGCGAGCUCCUGUCCAAGUUUGAGGGACUGACGCUGACCGAAGUGGAUCCCGUGCCGAGAAUCAGCCAAGGUAUCGAAGGCCUGGUACACCAGCUGGCAUGGGCACCACCUCGUCUGUCUGAAAAACCGCUUGUGUUUGAUCAGGUAGUUCUCAUCUCAGAGGAUGGCAAGCUGCAUGACCGAUACAAGAUGGACUUGGAGGGACAGUUUCCAAAGGUGAUCGGCUUUAACAGUGCCCAAGAACUGAAGCAAGAGGCAGCAUAUAAGUUGCUGCAUGGCAAGACGUCUGCAGUAGUGUACUGCCCUGGGUCGAUUGGAUCGGCUGGCGACAUUGCCGGGUCAGCUCGCAAGUUCAUCUGGGAUGCGGCUACCGCAAUCAAGGCCAUCGUCCACAACAGCCUGGCUGUCAAGUUUUUCAUCGUCACCGAUGGAGUCUUUGCUGCCGGUUCCGCUGCGGCUCUCGCUCAAGGACCGCUCUAUGGCCUCGCCCGUGUCGUUGCCUUGGAACACUCCGAUAUCUGGGGUGGUUUGAUAGACAAUGAAGGUCCAGCAUUCCCUCUGUUGCCAUUCAAGUAUGUCCAAGGGCACGAUAUCAUCCGAUUUGUGGACGGCUUGCCUCGAGUAGCGCGAAUGAGGCCCUUUUCAAAAUAUCAACUACUCCCGGCCUCGAGCAACAAGACGUUGUUGCCCAAGUCCGAGGGCACCUAUGUCAUUACUGGAGGUCUUGGUGUCCUCGGUCUUGAAACGUGCGACUGGCUCAUUGAGAAGGGCGCGCGUCGCAUCGUCAUUGUCUCUCGCCGUGCCUUGCCGCCUCGUAGCCAAUGGACAGGGGCCGCAGAAAAGAUUCUUCCAAUUCUGAGGAGAAUCCAGGCCAUGGAGAGACUCGGUGCAAGCAUUCACGUAGUCUCUCUAGACAUUGGUGCUGAUGAUGCACAUGAUCAGCUACUCGCCUCUCUAGAGAGGCUUUCACUGCCCCCCGUCCUCGGAGUCAUCCACGCCAGCGGAGUGCUCGAGGAUUCACUGCUGUGCGACACCACAGCCGACUCAUUUGCGCGAGUGCUGUCACCUAAAAUCUCUGGUGCUCUCGCCCUCCACCGGGCCUUUCCUCCAGCCGCUGGACUUGACUUUUUUGUGCUCUUCUCAUCCAUUGGCCAACUCGUCGGCACAUCCGGCCAGAGCUCGUACGGUGCUGGUAAUGCCUUUCUCGAUACACUUGCCGCGCACCGUCGCGGGCAGGGCGAUAAUGCCAUUGCGUUUCAGUGGACCGCGUGGCGAAAUCUUGGCAUGGGCACAUCCGACUUUUUGGCCCUCGAGCUCGAGAGCAAGGGCAUCACGGAUAUCACGCGCAGCGAAGGCUUCCAGGCCUGGGAGCACAUGUCCAAGUACAAUGUGGACCAGGUUGUCGUGACUCGCUGUAGAACUCUGGACGCGGUUGAGCCGAUACCUUGCCCAUUACUCGAGGACAUUGCCGUGCGUAUUCCAAUUGCUCGAACCAGCGCUUCUUCGUCGAUGACGCCGGUUGUCAAGGCUGGAGAGGGCGGCGGCGGCAGCAAAGCCAGCAGUGGAGAUGCCCGCCCGACGAGCACAGUCGAGCUCAAAGCCUGGCUUAAUGUGAGACUUCGCGAGUGUCUCGCUUCUGUUUUGAAGAUUGACGAUAUUGAGGAGAUUGAUGAUCGUGUCGCGCUGACUGACAUUGGCGUCGAUAGCGUCAUGACCAUUGUGCUGCGCCAAAAGUUGCAGAGCGUGCUGAAGAUCAAGGUGCCGCAGACACUCACGUGGAAUUAUCCUACUGUCGUGGCCAUGGUGGACUGGUUCUUGAAGCAAUUUCAGGAUGAAGCUGCUUGA